GAUUAAUCGAUUAGUUAAAAGUCGACUUUUUGCAAAUCAUCCAUCAUCAUCGUCUUGUUCAUAGCAUUCAGGAGAAGUUCGUUUUACAAAGAAAUAAGAAAAAAUGUCCCAAUUACAAAGUGUGGAAACAUUAUACAAGGAAUUAAACACAGAAUGGUCUAAAAAACCUCAAAACUUAAAGAAGUGUGGGCAACUGCUGGAUCAGUUAAAGGUUGCUCUUACGAAAUUGGCAUUCCUGCCCACAAAAGAUGUGACAUCGACGAAAGCAGAAAUGAUUCUUUCAAGGAAUGUAUUGGAAAUUGCGGUUGAAUACAGUGUGGCAACAAAAGAUAUUCCGGCUUUUGAGCGUUAUAUGUCCCAACUGAAAUGUUAUUAUUACGAUUACAAGAAAGAAAUAGGUGAAUCCGAAAAUAUGUUUAAAUUAUUGGGACUGAACUUAUUGUACUUGCUGUCUGUGAAUCGUGUAUCUGAAUUUCACACCGAACUCGAGCUUUUGUCGGCGGAAAUAAUUCAUACAAAUAAAUAUAUUGGACCCAUAUUAGCCUUAGAACAAUAUAUUAUGGAGGGACGUUAUAAUAAAAUAUUCCAAGCUAAGAGCUGCGUUCCUUCCGAAAUAUACUGCUAUUUCAUGGACAUGUUAUUGUGUACCGUACGCGAUGAAAUUGCUGGGUGCAUUGAAAAGGCAUACGAUAAAAUAUCUGUUCAAGAUUCUGCAAAACGAUUGAACCUUAAGACUCCAGAGGAAGUUAAAAGUUUCGGCAAAAAACGCAAUUGGCAAUUAGAUAAUGAUGGAGUUUACAAUUUUGUUGAUAGAUCUGUAAAGCCGAAAGAAAUUUUACCUUCAGUAGAAUUGGCCGAACAGGCAAUAUUCUAUGCCCGUGAAUUGGAAAUGAUAGUUUAAUACAGUAUCACGCUAAUUGUAUAGAUUUAUUCUUCACAUCAAUAAAACACUCAUUCAUUUACAAUUGAA